UACGCAUGGUGAGUUGGGUACAUGUAACACUGUGAAUGCUAUUGAGAUUGAGGUCUACAUUCGCUAGUAUACUUGUGUGAUAGGAGAUUGUCCAGUCCAUGAUGCUGCGUCCGUUUAGAAAAUUAAUACUACCUGGAGUAAGGAGACACUGCUGCAGAUCUUUUUCAGUAUCCCAAAACUGCUGGAAUGCCAGAAAAGGCUUGGUCCUGGGUGUAUAUGAGAAAGAAAAAGAAGAUGACAGUGUACAUUUCACAGAGGCUGCUGAGAACUUUGACCGAGCACUCUCAGGAAAGCUGAGAGAGUUAUUGACCAUAUCUGGACCAGCUCUCAAAAAGGGCAAAAGCAGGAUAUUUUAUGGUGUUGAUAAGGAGUUUUCCAGUGUCGUCCUUAUUGGUCUUGGUAAAAGCUCGGCAGAUGUGUGUGAUAAAGAGUGCUGGGACAAUCGCAAAGAGAAUAUUCGAGCUGCUGUUUCAGCGGGCUGCAGGCUGCUUCAGGACCUGGAGGUUCCGGAGGUGGAGGUGGACCCCUGUGGCGACGCCCAGUCGGCCGCAGAGGGCGCAGUGCUGGGGCUGUUUGAAUAUGACGAGUUCAAGAAGAAGAAGAAGAAGGCGGUCAAAACAAAGCUGCAUGGCAGCUCUGAGGCCGGGGCCUGGGAAAAGGGGGUGCUGUACGGAGAGGGACAGAAUCUGGCAAGGCGCCUGAUGGAAGCUCCAGCCAAUCACGUCACCCCAACAUUUUUUGCAAAUACCAUAGAGCAGCGGCUUGCGCCUUUCUCUGAUAAAGUUACCAUUCAUAAACGGUCGCAGUCCUGGAUAGAGGAGCAGCAGAUGGGGGCGUUCUUGAGUGUUUCAAAAGGCUCAGAGGAGCCCCCUGUCUUCCUUGAGCUGCACUACAAUGGAAGCUCAGAUUCCAGUCAGCCACCUUUAGUACUAGUGGGAAAAGGAAUCACUUUUGACAGCGGUGGCAUUUCUCUGAAGCCCUCCUCAGGCAUGGACGCAAUGAGGGCUGAUAUGGGUGGAGCCGCUACAGUCUGUUCCUCUAUUGUCACUGCAGCAGCCUUGAAACUUCCUGUCAACAUAAUUGGUCUGGCUCCCCUUUGUGAAAACAUGCCCAGUGGAAAGGCAAAUAAACCUGGGGAUGUUGUCAGGGCAAAGAAUGGAAAAACUAUACAGGUUGACAACACGGAUGCAGAGGGCAGACUCAUACUUGCGGAUGCUCUUUGCUAUGCACACAGUUUUAACCCAAAGGCUAUAGUCAAUGCUGCGACUUUAACAGGGGCUAUGGAUGUUGCCCUGGGCUCUGCUGCUGCUGGAGUUUUUACCAAUUCUGACUGGUUGUGGAGUCAGCUGCAUAAGGCAAGCAUCAUAACAGGUGAUAGAGUUUGGCGGAUGCCCCUCUUCCAGCACUACACCCGGCAGGUCACCGAUUCCCAGCUGGCUGACCUCAACAACAUCGGGAAAUACAGUCGGUCCGGCGGAGCCUGCACUGCGGCAGCUUUCCUUCGCGAGUUCGUCACCGUCCCGCACUGGGCGCACCUGGACAUAGCCGGCGUGAUGUCCAACAAAGACGAGGUCCCAUACCUGCGCAAGGGCAUGUCCGGAAGGCCCACGAGGACUCUGGUGGAGUUUGCUGCUGGUCUUUGUGACGAAUCGUAAAAAGGACAGACUCGGUCUCUUUGGAAAGACCUUUUGCAUAUGUAUUUGUAAAACGUCUUUAGUUGCGUUUUGAAUAGUUUA